GUAUAAAAUUUAGCUUAAGUGGAAAUGAGUAGUGUGUUUGUGUACGUGUCUGUGUGUCUGUGUGUCAAUGUGCCUAUCUGAGUGAGUCUGUAUUUUCGGUGGCUUUUUAUUUGUUAAUAUUCAAUCCACAAGCGAGUAUUCAGUUGAACUGUGCAGUUAAAUAUGACCUCCUGAAACUAAGUUGCAGAGACGCAGUAGUCAAAUAAGACACCUACCUACCUACUUACCUAUCCAUCUAUCUAUCUAUCUAUCUAUCUAUCUAUCUAUCUAUCUAUCUAUCUAUCUAUCUAUCUAUCUAUCUAUCUAUCUAUCUAUCUAUCUUUGGAUAUAUAUAUAUAUAUAAAAUUAAACCAGUAGUGUCUAUUCUACGGUGACAAAAGCUAAGCUAAUGAAACCUGUCCUCAUCCAUCGAAAAACUCUUCUAUUCCAACAUUUUACUGCAUCCCUGAAACAAGCCAUUGGUCCAUCCCACCUCUUCCGAGUGAUCUAACAGCUCGUAAAACACAAGAACAGUAAAGAACAGAGGGAAAAGAACGCGCAACCCACAUUUUUACAGGCAGCUUAUUUGGUAAGAUCAAUGCUAUUACAAAAUGGAAUCAUCAAGAAAAUAUUGGUCAGUGCUCAUUCUGCUCGUCUGUUGUUUCGAAAUUACCUAUGCUUCUAAAAAACGAUGUCCUGUUGAGUGUAAAUGUAGUGGGUUUAAGAUUGAAUGUUUCUCACCUUCAUUCCCAAUACAUAUACCAAAUAAAGAGAUACAAUCACUUUCAAUUCGAGGCAAACUCCAAGACAUUCAAGGGAAAGCGAUUGUUUAUCAUAAAGAAGGAUCUCUGCUACAGUUGGAAAUAAAUGUCGACUGCAUCAACGAGAUUAAACCACUGGCUUUCGCAGGAACAGUGAAGACCAUCAAAUUUACUGCGAAACACGUUUUUAAAAUCAAUCGACAUGCAUUUAGUAAUAUAGACUGUCAAAAUUUUUACAUUCGAGAUUCUAACAUUUCAUUUAUAUCCGGCUUUGCCUUCGGAAACAUCAGUUGUAACAGACUUGAAGUGAAGAAUUCAAAUAUUUACACACUUGAUACCGAUGCGUUUAGUGUCAGCCAUAUUGGCUAUGUCAUUUGUGCAUUUAAUACAUUUAAUUGUAUUGGCAAAAAUGCGUUAGUUCGAACCAACGAUUUUGAAAUGAUAGAAAAUACGAUACAUCAGUUUCAUAAACAGGACACUCUACCUGUAGCAUUCAGAAAGAACAAACUAACCUGUGAUUGUUCUCUAAAAUGGUUUUCUACAAAAGAAAAUUCCGCUAUGCCGAAUAAUACUUGUUCAGGACCACCGAGGUAUAAAGGGAAAGUCAUACAAUCAGAAAUGUUUGAUUCGUGUAAUACAGAUACAGAAUCGACUACAGAAUGUCCAAUAGCAAACAUCUCUAACAUACUAAAAUGGAAUAUGUUAGUCAGUUCUGCCCUUCUUGUAAUAACACUCAUUGGUUUUAGAUAACAUUCAUAAUACAUGUUAAACUAUUGAUAAUAUUUUAAUAGUUAUUCACAUAAGAUAAGAAGAAAAACAAAGCUUCUAAGAAAGGCAUACUUAGCAACUAUGCUGGUGUGUUUAUGCCCCCGUAGCUUAGCGGUUCGUCAUGAGACCGAUGGUAUAAGUACCACACAUUAAAAUUUAAAAAGUGCAGGGAUCGAUACAUCCGAUUAGAAAUUCUUGAAGGGGGUGCCCCAGCAUGGCCGCGAUCUAAUGACUGAAACAAGUAAAAGAUAAAAGAUAUAAUAAUAAUAAUAAUGAUAAUAAUAAUAAUAAUAAUAAUAAUAAUAAUAAUAAUAAUAAUAAUAAUAAUAAUAAUAAAUUCUUGUAUUAGCCACUAGGGCUCACAUACAAAACAUUAAUUCACGUACAACAACAUGAAGGACAAAAACAGGACAAUACAAUGGGUUUUACUGCGUGUACACAAUGUAAUAACAAUAAAAAUUGAACAAAUUAAAAUUCCCAAAUAGGGGAGGCGCUUUACGGUCCUCGUGGAAAAAAUCCCCCAAAGCAACGGGUGCCUGAACAACAGAGCAAGAGCCCUUCUCCUUUUCUUUACUGGUGUGCGCUCAGAAUUGGUCCUUUCACACUGGCCACUCUUCCAACAUUCACCCAUUUUUCAACAAAUUUGAUACAAGGCAACACUUCCCUCUUCACCCUCAACUUCAUUUUCAAGUGAAACUCGUAAAAGUUGAUGAGGGCUUGGCCUAAAUACGGGGCAAAGAGGGGGAGGCGCA